UUGAUUAUUUUAUACUUUCAAAUUUCGCGCCACUAAUGUACCAUCGACAUUACCACUUCGAAAAUAAGUGCAAUGACAGUACGCAGCACAAUUAGCUGUCAUGCGCGUCUUGCCGUCAUCUGUCACCGACGACAUCACGGUCAACUGCCAUUCGAAAAUUAUCGCUGCUACGAAAAGCAUCGCGCGCGCGUUUCGAACGAAAACCCACAUCAUUCUAGCAAGAAUCCCUGGAUCCAGGAGGAAAUUCAGCGAGUGCAAGGGGCAGAAAUAAGGUACGUGUACGUGCAUUAUAGCUGUCAUUGCCUAUUUCAAAGUGAAACCUCGUGAUCGUGGAUCUCAACCGAUCUAAUUUCCCAAUGUAGCCGGGCCACCAAGCUGCAAGUAGCUACAUUAUCUGGUGCCGAAACCCGGGACUUUCCACCUAUUUUAUAGCAAUCAAUUUGUGUAUGGUAUUUCUGGUUAAUUGUAAUUCGUAACGUCGUAACUUAGGUCAUUUAAAUCGACACAUUCAUAGUUCUCGCGGUCUAAGUUGCUCCAUUCUUACUCAAUUGCCUAAUAUCGCUAGUACCUACAUAGAUUGAACCAACUCGAACAGGGAUUCUAUCGUAUUGAACGUAAAAGUAUUGAAUUACCUACUCAAGUUCAAAUAAACAAUCACUCCAACAUAUCGGUGUUUAUUUUCUAAACGGCUUUCAGUAAUUCAAUCUUUUAACUCGUUAAAUUAAUGAUUCCAUCGUAAUAACAUACCUGAUGUUAACGUAUUUGAAUGUUUUAGGACCUACUUAUUUAAGUUUUACAUUAUAGAACUGUAUUUUAUAUUAUCAAAAUAACCGGGUAGGUUGAACGUUUUUAAUCAACCUUACAUUUACCGAUCGACCUUAUUUCUAAUAGGAUAAAGUCCAUUUUCUGUGUUCAGCUAGGUCUUCGAUAAGUUAUUGCAGUGUGUACGGUUCACCCCACAAGUAUACGCGUAACUUACAUACGUUUUCAUACAUUGGUGUAACAAAACUUGUGUGCUGCUUCGUACGCAUACUGAAUUUAAUCCGGUACAGUUCACCCCACAAGUAGACGCGCAGUUCCCAUAUAGUUUCAUACAUUGGUGUGACAAAACUUGUGUGAUGCUCUGUACUUCACACCGAGUUUAAUGAGUUUUAAAAACUGGUAACGUACCUAUUUAGUUUUAAAUCGAAUUGAACACUAUUCUAUCGCGUUGUUUACGUUAUAUUAAGGCUUAGUAUAUUCUUACAACAUGUCUCUUGUAAAAAAGCAUUCCACUCGUAAAUCAAGCAUUCUUAAGAAGUCGCGAUCGAAAUCUCAGGACGCUGAGUACACGAUACAUGAUUUAUCAUCAUUACGGAGGCAACGUACGAUCGCUUAUAAACGGAUGGGUAAGGCCUUAGAGGUCGGGAACGCAGCUGUAAAUGAUCACUCUCAGCGAGAAAUGUUUUUCUCAUAUCAUCAAGACAUUAAGAAAAUCGCUUCUAAUUUUGAAGACGCGCACUUCACGAUUUUGGAAAUUCUAGACGAUGCGGAGAACGAUGAUACUGGAAUGCAAGAACGUUUUGACGAAAUGUAUUAUAAGGUAAUAUCCAUUUAUCGCAGUUUAACAAGAAAUGAAUCGUGUACACCUCAGCCGCAAUGUAGUUCGAUGUCGAAUGUUCGGUUACCGAAAAUACAGCUACCUACUUUCACUGGAGAAAUUAAACGUUUUCCUGAAUAUUUCGAUACUUUUAAUGCCUUGAUACAUAAUUCGACUUCUCUUAGCGACACUGAGAAAUUUCAUUAUCUAAUUUCUUCUCUCAGUGGUGAUGCAUUAACGGUCGUGAAAACUUUUCCACUAAGCAGCGAAUAUUAUCGCGAUGCGUAUGCUGCGCUUAUCGCACGCUAUAAAUGUAAGCGGGAACUCGCUUUCACGUGUUGGAAGGAGAUGCUAAAUAUGAACUUCAAUGUGAAGGAUGGUCACGAGUUCCGGAAGUCACUAGACUUAUUCGAAGAGAAUUUAUGUAUUUUAAAGUCUGUGGAUUUACCAGUUAAUCAUUGGGAUUUUGUGUUAGUGUAUAAUAUUUUAUCGAAAUUAGACACAAACUUGCGCCGUGAUUUUGAAGAGAAGCAUUCAGACACCGAACUGCCCUCUUAUUCACAACUCAAAGAAUUCUUACAUUCUAAAUGUGAAGCUCUGUUACGCGAUACACACUUUACCGAGCAAGCUAAACAAAAUAAGCCUACACAAAAGAUUUCUUUUCAACCUUCUCAAUCUAAGCGUGUAACUACAUCGCAUGUUCUAAUAGCUGCGGAUGAGAGUCAACCCGAAGUGCAUAGUUCGAUAGCUGCGACACGUUCUGUGACCUGCUCCUUUUGUAACGAAUCACACAGCAUUUCAUCAUGUCCAGAGUUCCUAAAAAAAUCACUUGACGAACGGAUGAAAAUAGCAACUGAAAAAAACUGGUGUUUUAAUUGCUUAAAAUCGUCUCAUCAGUUAAAGAACUGCAACAGUAUUUUUUCUUGCCGUACCUGUAAGCGAAAGCACCAUUCUUUGCUUCAUCGACACCCAUCAAGUGAACCUAGUGAAACCACGUCGGCGUUAGUUUCAAGGUCACCAUUAAACACAACUGUGCUGUUAGCGACUGCUAUUGUGCAGGUCAGAGAUGCAUCAGGAAGCAUGCAAUCUUUCCGUGCGUUGUUUGAUACUGGUAGCCAAAGCAACUUUAUAACCGAAUCGGCAGUUAAACGCUUAAACCUAAAACCAUCACAGACAGCCGCAAGUGUUAGCGGACUUGGCGAAACAGCCGCUUCAAUCCUAGGAGAUAUCACUUGUAGCAUCGGUGCUAAUGAUAAAACAUUAUUUGAAUUAGAUUUGCACGUGUUGUCGAAGAUAUGUGGCGACCAACCUAUAUCGAAUUUAAGCACAUCAGGAUGGUCACAUAUUAAAACGUUGCCAUUGGCCGAUCCUGGUUUCGAUAUUCCUGGACCAAUCGAUAUUCUGUUCGCCGCGGAUGUCUUCGCUGAAUCGUUGCUGAACGAACACAUAAAAGGAAAUUCAAAUCAACCUACUGCCUUCAAAUCCAUUUUCGGUUGGCUUCUUUUAGGAAAAACGCGCUUAGCAUCGACCACGCUAUUAAAAACAUUCGAAUCAGACACUGAAUUAAACUCAUUAGUGCAGCGUUUUUGGGAUCUAGAGUCCUUACCAAAGGCUCGACUGCUCACUCCCGACGAAUCUUUGUGUGAGCAGAAAUUUAUUUCUGAUCACUCGCGUGACAAUAGUGGACGAUACAUAUUACGCUUACCGUUUAAGGAAGACUCGGAGCCUACAUUUGUUGGAUCACGUGAAGUUGCCCUUCGACGAUUUCACGCGAUAGAACGUAGACUAUCGCGGGAUCCAAGCUUAUACAAGCAAUAUGCAGAUUUCAUGUCUGAUUAUAUCAAGGCUGGACACAUGUCGUUAGUUCCCAGUGAUGAAAUGGAAAAGGGAAAAUAUUACAUUCCUCACCAUUGCGUUUUGCGCCCUGAAUCUACCACCACUCGCUUGCGCGUCGUAUUUGACGCGUCCGCCAAGGAUCUCAAUUCACGUUCGUUAAACGAUACACAGCUGAUCGGCCCGAAAUUGCAACCCAAUAUCGCUGAAAUUCUCCUGCACUUUCGGGAACAUAACAUAGUUUUCAUGGCUGACGUCCGUCAAAUGUACCGGCAAAUUUUGAUUUCUCCAGAUCAUCGCGACUACCAACGCAUCUUUUGGAGAGCCUCGCCCCACGAAGCUCUCAAGGAAUAUCGGCUCAAUACUGUUACAUACGGCGUAGCUUCAUCUCCUUUUCUAGCUUGUCGUACAUUACAACGACUCAGUGAAGAUGAAGGAAGGUCCUAUCCGAUCGCCAAACAAAUAUUGUUAUCGGACGUUUAUGUUGAUGACGUGGUAUCAGGAUGUGACUCUUUGGAAAACGCACAAGUGGCAAAGUCACAAAUAAUAGAGCUCUUCAAUCAGGGAGGCUUCCAACUUAGGAAGUGGGUUAGUAACGACUCAGAACUCUUGCGUGAUCUUCCCGCAGAAAAUUGCUUAACCGGUUCUGUCUCUCUUGAUGAUUCAGAACCAGCAGUUUUAAAGGUUCUCGGGUUAAAAUGGGACCCAUCAUCUGACACUUUCCUUUUCGAAAUCAAAUCGUUAGACCAAAAUUGCACAAAACGAUCAAUUUUGAGUGAACUUGCGAGGAUAUUUGACCCUCUCGGUUUUUUGUCCCCGAUAACCAUUCAAGCAAAAUCUCUCAUACAGAGACUUUGGAUACUCGGUGUUGGUUGGGACCAAACUCCGCCUAACGAGAUAAUUCACGCGUGGAAUACUCAUCGAAGUCAACUCCCGCAAUUAUCACAACUUCGAGUUCCACGUAAGCUCACUCGUGAAAAUGUCAGAUCAUACGAAUUGCACGGCUUUGCAGACAGUUCCGAAAUCGCUUACGGUGCCGUCAUUUAUUUGCGCGUAACGGAGGAAGAUGGUCAGGUUCAUGUGUUUUUGGUGUGUUCGAAGGCAAGAGUGGCACCGUUGAAACGUAUAUCACUCCCUCGAUUGGAACUUUGUGCCGCUAUGCUUCUGUCGGAUCUAUAUCUAUUCGUUCGCGACACGUAUCUCACCCGUAUUUCAUUUGAUGCAGUCUAUUUCUGGUCGGAUUCAACAGUGGUUCUAUCUUGGUUGAGUUCCCCAUCCACCCGAUGGGCAACAUUUGUGGCUAAUCGCGUCAGUCAUAUCCAGGACAUUACUCCUAUUGAAUGCUGGCAUCACAUCUCAUCGGCUGAUAAUCCUGCCGAUAUCUGUUCGCGAGGGCAAUUUCCAAGUGAGAUUCUUCACAGUACAUUAUGGUGGGCGGGGCCUCGUUGGCUAUCUGAAGAUCACGACACCUGGCCUUCAAAUCGAGGGACAAUAACUCCCGAAGAAGAAUUAAUUGUAAACGCGGAAACACGCAACGCUAUUUCCUUAGUUACCGAACAUGUGCACGAUAGUGAAGUAUCUAAGGGUACCGUUAUCGAUGAGUUGCUUACUCGUCAUUCUUCGUUACAAAAAAUUAUUAAUGUUUUGACUUAUAUCAACCGCUUUAUCAACAACUCUCGUAAUCCACUUGAUGCUAAUCGCAACAAAUUUCUCAAUAACGUUGAGCGACAUAAUACGCUGAUGCAAAUCGUAAAACACGUUCAAGGCCAAGUUUUUGCUGAGGAAAUCUCAAACAUUAAAGCUAACAAACCAUUACUUAAGCCAUUUCGUAAACUGAACCCUUUCCUGGAUGAUCAGGGUAUUCUUAGGGUGGGUGGUAGGAUUUCCCGAUCAGGUUUAGGAUACGAACAAAAACAUCCUGCUUUCUUACCGUCUGACCAUCGAUUUACCGUAUUGAUUAUCGAUUUUAUCCACCGUCAUUAUUGCCAUCCUGGCAUAAACACUACACACUUCUUGUUGUUACAACAAUUUUGGAUUAUAUCUGCCAAACGCGUUAUUCGUCGCAGUUUAUCUAAAUGUUUACAAUGCUAUCGAACGAACCCUCAGCCCUUGCAACCGUUCAUGAGCGAUCUACCCUCCUAUCGAGUCAACCAAGUGAAGGCGUUUUCCGUUGUGGGCGUCGACUUUGGCGGACCGUUCCGCAUCAAACUUGGGCAACACCGUGGUGCGAAAAUUGACAAGGCAUAUUUAUGCUUAUUCGUCUGUCUAGCAACUAAAGCCGUCCAUUUGGAAGUAGUUUCAACGUUGUCAGCGGAUGGAUUCAUCGCUGCUCUCCGGCGUUUUGUUGCUCGUCGAGGAAGGUGUAGUGUUAUUCACGCUGAUCAAGGAACGAAUUUCACCGGAGCUCGGAACCAACUAUCAUCUCUUAUGCAUCAAGCUUCCAACGAAGAAAAAAUUGAUUUCAAAUUUAACCCCCCUUCUUCUCCCCACUUUGGCGGGGUGUGGGAAAUACAAAUAAAGGCAGCUAAAACUCACUUGUAUCGUGUAGUUGGCGAUCAGGUCUUGACUUUUGAGGAGCUCACAACACUUUUUAGUCAAAUCGAAGCCGUCUUAAAUUCAAGGCCGUUGUGUCCAAUUAGUUCCGAUCCUAAUGAUCUAUCGGUCUUAACACCUGGACAUUUCUUAACACUAGAACCUCUAACGGCUGUCCCCGACGAGGAUCUCACAAAUAUCAAUAAAAAUCGGCUCAGUCGGUGGCAACUGUUACAGGCGUUUCAUCAGAAUUUUUGGUCUAGAUGGAAACACGAAUAUCUAAAUUCGCUUACACAACGCGCCAAAUGGACCAAGAAUUGCCAACCGUUGCAGAUAGGGUCGAUGGUAAUCAUCAAGGAUGACAAUCGUACCCCAUUGCAAUGGUCUCUCGGUCGUGUUACAAAUCUUAUUCCUGGUCCUGAUGGAAUCAAUCGAAUCGCCAUUCUAAAAACCGCAACAAAUAAUCAAAUGCAACGACCGUUGGUCAAAUUGUGUCCCUUACCAACAGAAAAUUAAUUCAAAUCGUCCUAUAUAUCUAUGUAAAUUUUUUGUUAGUUUCUAAGAUCGUAACGUAAUCUAAUUUAGUUUCAAGUGUAAUUAAUCAUCAUAUUAGUUUAUCCUCAUUAAGGAUUAUUAUUAUUAUUAUUUAUUUAUUUUACCAGAAAAUACCAUAGGCAUUUUGGUGGGCGGAAUGUUUCGUUACCGUAACUUGAUUAUUUUAUACUUUCAAAUUUCGCGCCACUAAUGUACCAUCGACAUUACCACUUCGAAAAUAAGUGCAAUGACAGUACGCAGCACAAUUAGCUGUCAUGCGCGUCUUGCCGUCAUCUGUCACCGACGACAUCACGGUCAACUGCCAUUCGAAAAUUAUCGCUGCUACGAAAAGCAUCGCGCGCGCGUUUCGAACGAAAACCCACAUCAUUCUAGCAAGAAUCCCUGGAUCCAGGAGGAAAUUCAGCGAGUGCAAGGGGCAGAAAUAAGGUACUACCAUGGUAUAUUUUUG